AUUACAUCAUGCCGCAUUUACGAGGCAUAUAAUGUACCUAAUGAUGGCCACACAGCAGAGCAAAAGGUGACAGGCGAUAUUAAAGUGAGUGAGCAUGUGAGAAAGGUGCCCAAGGCCACCACAAAGGUCGGAGUCAUAACCGCGCUGGCCUAUUGUUCUCCAACAAAUCGAAACAGAUCUAGCGAGCUGGACUCGCCCACAUUUCCCAUUUGUUAUAUGCCUCAUAACCCGUUCAUCUUCUCUCCCACACAGUUCAUCCGCAUUUUCGUGAUCGUCAACAUCACCAGCUACAUCACCGCCAAAGCCUACCUCGACUCCAGAGCGCCGGCACCGGCCCCUCUACCCCGCCCCCUCCUCGAGGGGAAUUUUACAAACACCCCGGCUAGCACGAGCAGCAGGGGUGCGCCGACAGGGCAAGCAACAACAACCACAACAAUGGCGCCAAAAAGAAAGGGCGAAAACACCAAGAAAGUCGCGGGGAACGCGCGCAAGGCCGAGGCCGCAGCGCAGAAGCAAGCCGCUGCGGACGCCGUAGCGGCAGCCCGCGACGAGGAGAAAUGGCAACAAGGGGCCAAGGACACGUCGAAGAAGCAGGCCGCGGCGGCCAAGGCGGCCGAGCAGGCGGCGAAGAAGGCCGAGCGAGAGGCGCUGCUGGCCCAGGAAGAGAAAGGAAUGCGCGACAAGCCCAAGGGGGCGAACAAGAAGACGGCCGAGAAGAAGAGCCGGGGCACGCUGGACCUGGCGCAGCUCGACGACGGCGGCAGCGGCGAGUCGAGCAACGGGAAGGAACGGGCGCUGAACGCGUCGGGCAUCGACAACGCGCUCGACGCCCUCUCCCUGACCACGGGCUCGGCCAACGACAUGAGGCUCGACCGCCACCCGGAGCGCCGCUUCCCGGCCGCGUACAAGGCGUACGAGGAGAGGCGGCUGCCCGAGAUCGACCAGGAGCGGCCCGGCCUGCGCCGCAACCAGAAGAUCGAGCUCAUCAAGAAGGAGUUUGAGCGCUCGGACGAGAACCCCUUCAACCAGGCCGGCAAUGUCAGGUACGACGCCAGCAAGGAGGAGCUGGCCGAUGUGAGGAAGAAGGUGCGCGAGGGCGUGGAGAAUCGGUUGGGCGAGAAGUGAAGCCGGGUACAACAAGGGGCGCUUGGAAUGAGAGGUAUUGGGCCUGGCUUGGCUGUGCGAAAUAAGCGCACGGUUCUCGUCGUCGCGUCGCGGGAGGUCAGGGCCCGUCUCGUGGAGGAAAGAAGCGCAGGCGUUCCCUCUGUCGACGGAAUGGCGACGCUCGUGGGCUUGAGGCGGGACGCGAACACAGUGUCCGUCUCGUUCUCCGGCGAGACCGUGCCAGAACGGCUGCUGACCAGAUGACAUGAUGCCAUGAGAACACGAGAAAUGUGGUAAUGUGGUGAGAAAUGGAACGUGGAAUGAUACCAGAGACGAAAGUCCAAGGAUGGAUGAAGGCUGCACCUCGACUCUCAUGGACUCCCUCCUCGUCAAGUUGCUCUUCGAUUCUGCGAUAUCUGCAUGGGCCGUGCGAGGAACAAGCAUAAAGCAUAUGGGGACAUCAGACAUGAUAGAUAGUGGAUGGGUUUCUAUUCGUCUUUAUAGACACGCAGUAAUGAACCAGCCGUGACUUCGAGCACAAUACACAACUUGAUAUGCCCU